CUAAGGUCAAAAUCUGAUAUUACCACAAGAAAACAUGGCAGAUUUUGUUCCUGCAGGCGAGGAAUACGACGAUUUUGAUGAUGGAUUUAUCCUUGAUUGUGACGAGUUGGGCGAUGUCAAUACACAUUUGUCAGCCCCUGUUGUUGGACUGCCAAAGCAUAAUAAUACCAAACAAAAUAAGAAUGAUAAACAACUUCACCAGCCAAAAUCUCCACAAGAGAGCAGUAAAAUAAAAUUUAAGUUUACAUUAGAGGACUUUCGAGCAGCUGCUAUGAAAAGAGAUAUGAAUAAACUUGUUGAGUGUUUAAAACAAGGUAUACCAAUAGAUACAGUAUUACAGUCAGGAUGGACAGCAUUGAUGUAUGCAGCUAAUUCCUCUAAUCCAGAUCUUGUAGCUUUCCUUCUGGUGAAUGGAGCGAACCCCAACUUUCAAACAAAUAAAUAUUCUGUAUUAAUGGCAGCUUGUGGAUCACAUCAUAAUCCUGACUGUGUAUUUGAAUGUGUUCGAUUGUUGAUUGAGAAAGGAGCUAAUAUUAAUGAUUAUGAUAGGUAUCAUAUCUCACCAUUAUUAUAUGCUGCUCGUGAGGGUCAGAUAGAAGUUGUAAAAUUUCUCCUUAAUCAUGGUGCUUCUAUAAAUAAACAAGAUUCUCGUGGAUGGACAGCUUUAUCGUGGGCAACACAUCGACACCAUGUAGAUGUAGUUUUAUUAUUAUUAAAUGAAGGAUGUAAUAAGUUACUAAGACAUACUGAUGGUUUAUUACCUGUAGAUCUAGCUAUAGGACAAGAUAAUCAACAGUUGAUAGCAUUGUUAGAAGGGAAACCACUCCCUCAGCAACAAAAUUCAACCAUAGUUAAUGGUGAUACAAAGGUUAAUGGAACUACAACAAAUGGUGUUAUGGCAGAAACAAAUCAUUUGGACACUAAAAUAAGGGAUCCACCAAUAAAACUAGAGAAUGGGGCAGGUGAUUGUAUUCCACAGACGCAGGUUAAAGACAGUAAUUACUGUUUUACAAACACAGCCAAACGUUUAUUUAAUACUAUACGUGAAGCAAUAAACAGCCAAUCAAAACUAAAGACACAGACCACUUCAGCUAAUCAAGAUGAGGCUACUGGUACAUCUAUUAAUCAAGGAAAUGAAGUGGUCAGUUUAACAGACUAUGAUAAAUUUGGAGAGUUGGAGUUAUUUUUGAGUGGUCUUGGAUUCAAAGACUUUAAUAAUAUAUUCCAAGAACAACAAGUAGAUUUUGAAAUGUUUCUGUGUUUAAAUGAAGAUGAUCUCAUCAAUAUGGGUAUAAAACAGAUUGGUGUUAGGAAGAAGUUACUUGAAGGAAUACAGACUGUUCAUAAAAAAGAAUGGGAAACAACAAGUUUGAUAUCACCACGAUAUAAUAAACAUAUAAGUUGUGUUGAUGCAGUUGCUAUGGUAUCUAAUAUAUCUAAACAUAUCUUGUAUAUCAGCAGUUCUAUAGUGUUUAUAUCUGAUCAGCUUAAACAAAAUCCAGAACUUUUAACUAAUAUAGAGGGUAAUAUUAGUCCUAGUCAUCUAGUUACACAAACUAAUGAUGCUUACCAAAAUGUAACAGCUUUAAAAACACAUUUAACACAUUUACAAAAGAGAUUAAAUAAGGAGAUGAAGAUGAUAGAAUGUAAACCACCAGAUUUAAUCCAGAAACAUAAAAAGAAAACACAGAGAAUAUUAAAGAUAAUACCAGUGGUUGUAUUAGUUUCUACAGUUGGUUUAUUGGUGUGGAAACGAGAGAGUGUUAAUAAAUUGUUGGGGCAGAUAAUUCAUAAAUACUCAUAGCAUGUUAUUUACAUGGGAUAUAAGUACUCAAAGAUGUAUGACAUAGGCAUAAUGUCUGUCUAUAUGCAAGCUAAUGCAAUAUUUUAUCAUUUGUAACCACAGAAUGUGAUUUACGUUCUGAUGAUUUUAACAAUUAAUUACAUAAUGGCUUGAUGAAUCAUUUAGCUCUAUAGGAAUCUCUUACAAACUACAAUAUUAUGAAAGUUUAAUUUCAAACCGGUAUAUCAGUCCAAAAAAUGAUUCCAUUCCAUCGAUCUAUGAUGUUUGAGCGCAACAAGACACUGCCAUCUUUUACUGUAGCGGAGGAACUGGAUGAGCCUGGUUUAAAUCCGAUUGAAACCCUACCGGGAGAUUUUCUGGCAUUGCUGUUUUGAUUUUUCAAAAAAAUUGUUCAAUUCCAUUCAGUAUUUUCAAAUUUUAUAGAUCUAUUUUAUUGAACUAGAGAAACCGGAUGAGUCUAAUUUUAAAUCCAAUUGAAUCCAAGCUGGGAGAUUAUCUAGCGUUGGUAUUUUGAUUUGGUUUUCUUAAUUAGAUGUUGAAUAAUCAAUCUGAAUAUAUUUUUAGCAUGUAUUAAGCCAUGAGAAGCUCCUAGACUUUAAAUGUUAAAUGAUAAAUCUGAGUAUAUAUUUAGCAUGUAUUAAGCCGUGAGAAAUUGAUAUUUUAGCGAAGAUACAAAUGACGAAUCAAGCCUUUAAUUUCGUAUUUUACCUUAAAUCAUCAUAUUGAAAAUAUCUGGAGUUGUAUGGUUCCAGAUAUCAAUGUUAUAGUUGUAAGUCAUUUCAUUCAUCUUAUAGUUUAACAUGACUAAUAUAUAGACUCCCCCUGGUAGAAGUUAAUACCUGGGAUAUUAUGCAAUCAUGACCAGUCUUUCAAUCAUCAAAUAAUGUAUUAUAUAAUUUUGCUACCUCACUGAUCUAGAAUGUAUGCUCUGAUUUUCUACUAGGUUUAUUUUCAUUCUACAAGUAGUAUUAUCACUGGUUGUAAAUCCUUGUUCUGGACUCCUAUUAAUAUUGAAAUUGACUGGCUGAGACAUUCAGUGGUGAAUUUAGAUUACAUUACAACACCCAUUGAGUAGGUGCAUAAAUUCAGAUAAUUGUGAAAAUGCACCACUGAUUUUAUUGGAAGUUUUGAUGAGACAUAGAGGCACACGGGGUAAAAUUGUUUCCACCUCAAGCAGACACAUGCUCCAUGCAGUGUUUCUAUGUGAGGGAUAUAAACCUGUGAAUGGCUUCAUGCAGGAUCGACCCUUCUCCUGUCUUCUUGCAAUACUGCUUUUAGUGGCUGUCAUACUCAUGUCCUCUUGAGUUAACACAAUGGCACAUUCUCUGUGUUCAGGUGUCAACCGUUACUAGUUGACCAUAGAUUUUUAAAAGCUACAUUUUAUACUCCAUGUUUGCACCAUAGAAUGGUGGUUUUCAACAUUCCCAUUUGUUGAAUUCAGUUUGUUGUGUUUGAGAGAAUUGGUCUGUGGUGCUAUCAUCCAUUUAUAAAGUGGUAUGUCUCAGGCUCUCAGUAUAAUCAAAUGUUUGCAGAAAAUUCUUUCUAGGAAAGUCAUUUAUAACAAAUUGUAAGUGAACAGCACAUUUAAGUAUAUGUGAGAGAGAGAGAAAUGGGGUUUAACGUCCACUUGACACAAACUAGGUCAUUUCGGGACUAACAUAUGGUUUUUAAUUUUAUUUCGCUUGCGUGUAGGGGUCUUUAUCAGUGGGAGGAAACCAGAGGACCCGGAGAAAACUCACAAGGUUAGACAGGCGACCCUACUAUUUGUCACGUACAACCGGGGAUUAGAAACCACACCAGUUGACUCAAUGACAGGCCUUAUGAUACAGCGCGCGUGCUAACCAUUCGGCCACCCAACCCCCCUUUAAGUGUAUGUAGUUUGACUGUAAAUAAUAUGAUUGGUUGAAACUACCAAAUGAAAGUUUAAAGAGUAUAGUUGUCUCUUUUCAGAUUUUUUAGCAUGAUUCUGUAAGUAUGUUAGCUACAUUUUGAUUUUGCCGGAAAUAAUCCAUUGUUCAGAUAAUGUCACCUUAGUUGUGAUUGUAGCUACAUCUUGAUUGUAUUUUCUUAAUGCAUGUUUAAAGUUGUUAUGAAAAAAUAGUUGAACAUUAUUUUGCUGGAUGAGUGGUUGCAGACUCUUGAGCGCUCUAGGGACGGCCAACAAAAAAUCCCAACUUUCAUUUUCAAAAAACAGAUGUUGCUCUUGAAACAAGUUCAACACUGUAUAGAAAAGCGAUGUUUCAUGGGGUCCCAUGCUGACUGUCCACAAAAUAAUAUUCCCCUUUCCUUAUUGUUAAUGUAAUUAUUUGUUAGAUUGUGACAGAAAGUAUGUUAUGUGUGAUUAAGAAUUAGAAAUAUAGAAGUUUGUUAUUUAUUAUAAUCACCCAUCAUCAUAUCUUUAAUGUGAUUCAGAUGAUAAAUGUGAUAUCAAGUUGAAUUUGUUUUUAAAAAUAAAUAGACGAUAAAAGUUCA